AUGUGCGAUCCUUUCAACAUGGAGCUGGUUCCACUCACCAGGCUGCUGCAGGGGAAGAGGGUGGUGCUGGGGAGCAGCUCCCCCCAGGAGGCGGGGCAUCCUGUCCUCCAUGGAGUCCCUGGAGAAGGCGAGAUUUCCGGCUACGCCCGAAUAUGCCCGGGAGACAGCAAAGCUGAAGGCUCUGGAGGUGGCGUCGCGGCUGAGGCUGCACAGGGUGAGGACAGCCCCAUCCCUUCUGGUCAGGUGGCCUUGGAUGGCUUCAUCCUGGAGAAGCCAAAGGACAAGGAUGAUGCCUACAGGAUGCUGCGCAGGCUGAGUGGCCAGCAGCACAGUGUCAUCACCGGUGUGGCCAUCUUGAGGCCACUGUGGCAGAGGCAGCUUCAGGAGCCGAGCUCCACAUGCCCAGAGGCCCCAGAGGUGGAAGGGGACCCAGAAGCAGAAGUGGAAUUGUCACUGUUCCAUGAAGAGACCCGUGUGACAUUCUCGCGGCUAUCGGAGCCACGGCUCUGCGAAUACGUGGAGAGCGGGGAGCCUCUGGACAAGGCUGGCACCUACGGGCUUCAGGCGCGAGGCGGUGCCCUAGCAGAGCGCGUGGAAGGGGAUUUCUUCAAUGCCGUGGGGUUUCCACUCAACCGCUGCAUGCGUGAGCUGGCUGCCAUCUUCCCGGAUGUGGGACCACACGUCCCUGUCAGCCAGCAUCCGGCCACACCCCAAUAAUGAGGAUUGUAGAUGGAGAAUGAGUAUGUGAGUAUUGCGGUAAAUAAGGAUCAGGA